AUGGACAGCGGCACGCGCAACAGCCCCGGAUCCAGGCCAGCGUGCGCCGAGAGAACGGGUCAGGUGGCCGCCCUCGCCAGGCGCUCGCUCUGGGAGCGGGCCGUAUGCCUGGCAGCAGAGACCCCGGCAGACCUUGGCGACACGCGGCUCAAGGAUGCCGCCCUGGCAGCAUUUUCACGCUCUCGCCGCUGGCGCGAAGUUCUGGAGCUUGUGCCGUUGAGCCCAAGCACGAGCAGCUGCAACGUGGCGCUCGCUGCCUGCCAGCGAGCGCGGAGGUGGGCCUUGGCCUUGUGCUUCCUCGAGGUGCCUGUUUGCCUCGACCUUCAAAGCUACAAUUCCGCCAUUGCGGCCUGGAGCACGGCACCAGAGAGCGCUGCGGCUGCUGGCGCUGGUGCGAGGGUUGCGGCACUGCGUUCGGCAGGUGGCGAACCGGACCAGGUCACAUGCAACAGCUGGGCCAAGGCUUGUGCUCGCUCAGACUUAUGGCAAGAUGCAUUUCGGAUAGUCUUUCACGUGGCUGACAAGGUGGAUGCGGUGGGUGCGACUGCGGCCGUUUCCGCGUCGCCUAGAUGGAGGUUCUCUUUGGCUUGCGCCGCCACCUUGCGGCUGAGAGGCUGCGAGCUCGACACCACGCUGCUAAACGCCGCCAUCGCUUCAUGCUCGGCAGCGACCCAGUGGCAGCCGGCCCUCCAGAUUCUUCAUGAUCUCGUGUCGCCAAGCAGCUUGAGACGUCCGGACAUUGUGACUUGCAACACUGUCAUUGUAGCGUGCGGCCGUGCUGCACAGGGAUCUCUGCGGCUGAAUGUCCUGGCUGUCCUGGCGCAUGCGGAGACUUCGUCGCUGAGACCGAAUGCCAUUACGGUGAACUCGCUGCUGAGCGCUUGUGAUGCCAGAGGAGACUGGGAGACGGCAUGCAGCCUGCUGCAGCGGUACCGUCGACGUCAUGUGGAAACAGACACCGCUUCCGUGACUUCGUGCCUGAGCGCCACAGCACGUAGCUCGCAGUGGAUGGCGGCCCGAACGCUGUUGGCAGCUUGCGGCCAUGCCGGAGUACGCAGCGACCGACAUGCAGAAAGUGUUGGCAUUCUCGCCGGCAGUCGGGGCUUUGCUUGGAACAGUGCUUGGCUGUGCUUGAGUGACAUGGGCACAGCCGUGUUGGACUGGACCGACCAGUGGGAAGCCUCUGCAGCACUCUGGGCGCUUCUCAGUUCCCGAGGCAUGGAGCCCACGACGGAGCUCUGGAAUUCUGUCCUCGCUUCUGGUCCCUGGCAGAGCGCGGUGCUGCGUCUUCGUGCUGCACAAAGCGCAAAUCUGGCGGACCAGGCGUCCUGCAAUGCUGCGAUGAGCACAUGUUCAGAGAGCCGCUCUUGGCUUCGGGCUCUGUCCUUGCUGGACGAAGCCCGUCGCGGUCUCCGUGGUGGCGAGGACGCCAUGGUGGCCUUCAACACCGCCAUGUCGUGCUCCGAAAAUGUUGAGACGUGGACAAGAUGCUUACAUUUGCUUCAUGAGCUCCAGGAGGCAAGAACGAACUCUGACCAGAAGAGCUACCGCUCCCCGAUUCGCAUGGCCGGCCACGGCUUAUGUUGGGAGUUGGCAGCGAAUUUGUAUGUUCAGAUGGUGAGAUGCGGGAUUCCGGACACUGAUGCCUCAGCCUUCAGCGCCGCGGCCUGGGCUGCCGAGGCCGCAGAAGCUGCGGCCACCGUGGCAAGGCGCAGUGCUUGGCGCCAGCUGGGCGACUCCAUCCCUGGAACUUGCAGGGAUGGUGCCUCUCGUUUGGAAGGCACCGAGGAUGUCCACCCAGCCUCCCGCAGUGGCCUGGGCGCUGCAGCGCAGCACUUCUCAGCGGCCUACCCACCGAUGGCACCACCACGUCGUAACCCUGGGCGAGGCGGCAUGCGGCAUGAGUGGCUAUGA